AUGAUUUCAACAUUUUUCUGGUAUUAUUUCUAUUUUAUUUUGUCCCUCUUCACGUCUGGAAUGUUGCUGGUAAUUUUGGGCAAGGAUUGGGCCGUAUGUUCAAAUCUUUAUUUAAAAGUCGUUACAUGGAUACAGGACAGAGUUUUAGAGCUUUAUGGAAUUAAUCAAUUGAAAUCAACAAAAAAUAGUGAUACUGAAGAAUCUGACAAUCUAGACGACGUUUUUGAUAAAAAUUUGUUUGACACUGCUGACAGUACGAGCAAUGAUAGUGAUUUGGAAAUAAUUCAACCUUUGGAAUUGGCCAAAAACAUUAAUAAUAAAGAAAAACAACAAACAUUUUUGCCUCUAAAAUUGUCUUUAAAUCUUUGUGGAAAUGGAAUGCAGUCAAUUGCUAGUGAAGAUAUUGGUAUCAAUUUUACCCUUUCUCCGGACUAUCGUCAUUAUGAAUUGGUUCCUAUACAGAAAAGUCUCAAGUUGAGGUUGAAGUUACGUCGUCGUAGACGUUCAUCGCUUACUGGCAGGCUUUUACCUCAUCCACAAAAGAACAUGGGAAGAUCAGCUUCUGCAGAGGGAAUUUCAACUGAAAAGCGAAAGAAACCUAAACGACAACCUGAAUUUAGGCCUCGUUUUUUGCUCUUUGCUUCUUUUGUCUUUCGUUUUGGUGCUCUUUUUCCGACAAGACUUGCCCUAUUAAUUUGUUCCUUUAUUUUUUUAUUUGUUUGUUGUAUAGUCAAUUUAUUCUGGCCUUUUUCACCUCUCACAAGAACUUACCUUGCUGUUAUUUACUGUCGAAUGUAUACUCUUGGUUGUGGAUUUAUUAUUAGAUUUCAUGGAACAGAUAAUCGACCAACGAGGCCAGGUGUAAUUUGCGCCAAUCAUUUAUCGCCAAACGACGUCCAUGUAAUGUUUGCAGAUAUUCCUUUAAAUAGAGAUUACUUGUAUUUGGUGACCGGACAAAAACAUAGCGGUGUCAUUGGAGCUUUGGAAAAGCUUAUUGAUAAAAUGUGUCCUUCGCUUUGGCUUGAACGUUCUGAUCCUGAAUCGAGACGACAAUUUAGUGUUGAUGUACUUAAAGCAGCUAGGAAAUCUGGACCAGUAAUCCUCUUUCCAGAGGGAUACUGCACAAAUAAUUCACAAGUUCUUCAGUUUAGAAAAGCUGUUUUUCAAAAGGAUAUAAUUGUUUAUCCAGUUGCAAUUAAACAAGAAUCUCGUUAUGGUGAUUCCUAUUGGAAGGAAAAUUAUUUUUUUAUGUAUUUAUUGAGAGUUUUAACCUCUUGGGCGAUUGUCUAUAAUGUUCAUUAUUUAGCUCCUCAAAAAUGUCGCCCACAAGAAUCGCCUAUAGAAUUUGCUGCUCGGAUUCAGAGAAUUAUUGCUUCGCGAGUUGGUGUUAGGGCAGCGCCUAGUGAUGGAGGAAUUUGGUGGAAAGCAAAAGCAGAAUGGCAAAGACGUUGUGCAACAGAAUUGGGAAAAUGUACAGAUCAAGUGUCGCAAAAUAUUUCAAUAUGUUUGCAUUUUUUAAUAAUUAUUUUUUAAAAUUAAUAUAUUUCAGAAUUGUCUAUAUAACAUUCAAAAAGAUGAUUAAGAAAGUAUUUUACAUAUAUUUUAAUAAACACUUGAAUUCAAACAAAAUUUAUCUUAUUGAAUUUUUUUAUUUUUUUGCUCAUAAUUUUCUUGUAUAAUACCAAAUUUGUUCGGAUAAUUGUAUAUACCCGGAAUAUCAAGGUUUUCCGAAACCCGUUCUUUUUUCAGCCCUAAACUUGACUUCCUUUUCUU